AUGUCGGACCCAAUACCCUCGCCACACGAGUCGCAGCCCGCACAGCCAGCCAUCGAAUUGACCAUCUCCUCCAUCAUCUCGCAGAAUCGCCGCACCGCAACACCCUUCGCCGUCACCAAACACACGGCCGAGGCGGCGCGCAACUGGGACAAGUUUUACAAGAAUCACGCCGACAAGUUUUUCAAAGAUCGUCAUUGGACGGGUCGAGAAUUUGGGUCCGAGCUCGCCUCCGGAAAGGCGAAGGGGGAGGACGAUCGAGCGGAGGAGACAGCGUUAGUCUCGGCCGAUGUUGGUGGUCAAAGUGUCUUGCUCGAGGUGGGGUGUGGGGUGGGCAACAUGCUGUAUCCGCUGUUGGAAGAUAAUGUUGCGCUGAAGGUGCACGCCUGCGACUUCUCCAGUCGGGCAGUCGACAUGGUGCGUUCGCAUCCACGGUUCGAUGACGACCGGGUAAAUGCGUUCGUCUACGACCUCACAACAACCGAUCCCCCCCUCAGCUCCUUUUUGACAAAGAAGGAUUGGCCAGAGGUGACAACGAUCAGUCUGAUCUUUGUGCUCUCCGCCAUCCCGCCUCAGCUGCACGCCCAAGUGCUUCGGAACCUAGCUGAUCUGCUGCCAAACGGGGGCCACAUUUUGUUUAGAGACUACGCAUACGGCGACCUGUCCCAGGUGCGAUAUCAUACCAAGAAGGACGCUGCUUGGGCCGAACCCAGUUUGCUAUCCGACCUGGCCCCCUGGUACAGACGCGGGGAUAACACCUUCAACUACUUCUUCACGCAGGCCCAACUUGAAGCGUUGGCGGCCGAGGUGGGACUGCAGGGCGAGGUGGAGACGCUCCGCCGAACAGCGGUGAACCGCAAGAGCGAGGUCAACAUGCAGCGUCGCUUCGUGCAGGCAAAAUGGUUUGUUCCGCCGAGAACACAGUCUUGA